UGAAGUUCCCUUUUACAAAUUUUGAAUGUAGUGUGUUGACACAGCUUAACUAUGCUCUGUCACAGUCACACACUAAUUCAUGGGCAUUUCUUUGCGCGUUUCAGUAUUUGUUUAGUUUUCUAAAAUUUGAACCUUCUUUAAACAUGUUCUUCUCCCUUUUUCAAUCGAAAGGUGUGAAGAAAGGCUUAUGGGUGAACCUUAGUAGUUACCCUGGAUGUUCAUUGUUUGUUUUGUAUAAAUCUUCUUUCAAAAAUUUUAAAGAGGUGUUUGUGAAAGUUUGCUCGAAGGAGACUGGGUACCCGUUUUACUUGGAUGAUGAAUUGGCUGAGGUUUCCUUUAUACUGGUGUUCAGAGCCUAUGCAAGUGCUUGAGGCUGUUGGAAGGACUCCCGAGAAGGACCUAAUUUUAGAUUACCUUGUUGAGUGCUUUGCCUCUGGGAAACUGUUAUCUAUUCCUGAUCUUUUGAAGUUUGAGGAUAACAGAGAUUCUUUGUCGAGAUACAUAGGUAGCACUUUUUGUUUGUCUCCUGAAGUUGCUCAAUCUAGUUCUCAUGCUGUGAAGAGGAGGAACACUGAGUCUCAUAAGUCCUUGGAGGUGGUAUCUGCUGAGGCCGCUCAGGGAGCUAUUGUUCAGCUUGAAAGGCCUAAACAGAUGCGACUACAUGGAUUUGCUCGUGGUUCAGAUUCAAGGUCUGUAUAGAGUGAUCAGUUUUCUGUAUCCGAGCUGGCCGACAAGGUUGGUCAGUUCCCUGGUGACGUGGAUUUGCUUAAUGGUGCUAGUAUGGAGGCUGUUGGUCAAUAUAUGCAGGUCAUUGCUACUAGGAUGUUGUGUAUAGGUUGCACCACGAAGCUGUUGGGUGCUGGUGAGAAGGAGUAUGUUGGUAAGAUUGUUUUGUUAGAGAAAAUUGCUGCUCAGAAAGAGAAAGAGCUUACUGGGAGAGAUACUCUUAUUGCCGAGAACACAAAGAAAAUGAAGGAUCAGGAGGAAGAGGUAGAGACCUUUCGUGGGCAAAUUUGGGAUUUGCAGAGUCAGAUGUCGCAAGCUGAUAUAGAAAAAGGUAAGAUGGUGGCCCGAGUUCGUGAGCUCGAGGUUGAAGUUAUGGAGAUGUUUGCAGUGGGUUUUGACCGGUUCAUAGCCAAGUCUCUAUUUUCUCUCCAAAAUUUGAUGUUUCAAAAUUGGAUGUGACAAAGAUUGUAGUCGGAGGGAAACUUGUUGAUGAUGACCCUGAUGAGGCCAAGGGGGAAAAUGCGGCCGAAGCUAGCAAAUAGUGAUUUAUCUAGGUGGCCUUGUUAAUUAUGUAUUUAUUGUAUAGUGACUUUGGGAUUUGUAGUUUUUCAAUCCGUUAUUGUGACUGUUUAUUUUGGUGGUAUUUUGAAAAACUUGUUUGACAUUUUGUAUUAAUUUGUGCUUGACAAGCAAAUUUAAGAAAAGUAGGAUUUGA